AUGGUGGAAGCCAUAAAAGAAAUAGGCUUGCUUAAUGCACGCAUCACUUCUAGGGCAGUGUUAGCACGCAGGGGCUUAUGGCUACGCCAAUGGACUGUUGACACGGACUCCAGUAAAGGUGUGGAAGGCCUAACCUUCACAGGAGAGGCCUCAGUUGGAGAUAAAAUAGACAAAUGGAUCUCCAAAGCUACUGCAGGACUUCCUCAGGGGUACAGAAAUCAGAUGCCCAAAAUGAACAAGAUAAGGCGCAAUGAAACAUGGAGGAUGUGUAACUGUACAAUGGCCAGAUGUCUGGAAAAUAACACAGUAGAGAUCAUUAAGCUCCAGUGUGAGGAUCCACCUAUGAUCACAUGUGCCAAUCGGCGCCCACCGAUAAAUGUAACAGAUGAUGACAACUGCUGCUGGCACUGGGAGUGUGAUUGUGUAUGUACUGGCUGGGGCGAUCCUCAUUAUGUCACGUUUGAUGGGACGUAUUAUAGCUAUCAAGGCAACUGCACCUAUACUCUAGUUGAGGAGAUUAUAAAGAAGGUUGAUAACUUUGGAGUAUACAUUGAAAACUAUGACUGUGGAGCACUAGACCGGGUCUCCUGUCCUUGUAACAUCAUUGUUCGACAUCAUUCUCAGAAUAUCAGCAUUGCGACAACAAGCUUGACAUCACGGAAUUUACAGGUUCUUGUAAAUGGUGAAAUUGUUGGAAUUCCCUUCAAAAAAUAUGGAGUGAAUGUUUACAAAUCUGGAAUUAAUUAUGUGGUGGAAAUAACUGAGCUGAAGGCUAUUAUCACAUACAGUGGCUUCAAUUUCUACAUUAAGCUGCCAUAUAAGCAUUUUAAAAAUAACACACAAGGACAGUGUGGUACUUGCACCAACAACAAAACAGAUGACUGCAUGACACGCAGCGGAGAAAUUGUGUCAAACUGUGAACUUAUGGCUGAUGCCUGGAUAGUACCAGAUACAGGGAAACCUGGAUGUGACCACCUCAGACCUACAUUACCCCCCAAAGUCGCUAAACCUUCAACUCCCUGCACACCAUCGCCAUUGUGCAACCUCAUCAAUGGACCAAUUUUCGAUGCUUGCCAUAAGACUAUACCACCAAAAGAUUUCUAUGAAGCUUGCACUUAUGACAGCUGCCAUGUUUCCAACUCCAACCUUACAUGCACCAGUCUGGAGAACUACGCUUUCCUGUGCGGAGAUCAGGGAAUAUGCAUUGACUGGAGGAAAGCAGCCCCAGAAUGUCCUAAAUCCUGUCCAUCUCACCAAGUCUACGAUGCCUGUGGUCCAGCCUUGCUGAGAACUUGUCAAACCACUCCAGAAGAAGAUGUAUUACUGACUAAAGAGAAACGUUUGGUUGAGGGCUGCUUCUGCCCACCGGGUACUAAAACCUUCAGCCCCAUUAAGGAUGUUUGUGUGGACACUUGUGGCAAAAAAUCUACUCCAGGUCACUCUAAUGUAUCUGGGUCAUCUAAGCGGGCUGCUUCCUCCUCAAAAUCCACUAAUCUUUCAGCUGUUUUAUCUGCAGAGGAGGGGGAGCAUAAUGUCCUGUCAGACACUGAAUCAGGUGUUUCUUACGAGGAUUCUCCAUUGCAAAUUGAUGUCCCUGCCCUUGUGGUUGCUAUUAAGAAAAUCCUACAAAUCACUGAUGAUGAAGAUUCCAAUACUGUGGCUAAAAAAACUGAUAUGUUCAAAUGGCAGAAGGUGGCUAAAAAAUUAAAUACCCUAUUCUGA